CUCCGGCUCGCCGCGAAGUAGAGCGCUGCGCUGGGGCGCGCAGGGAACCUCGCCGUCACCCAGACCCAGGCCUAUGCUAAUGAGAUUAUGAACCAGGUUUUUAAGGAAGUGGAUCUCAGGAAGGGGAGGAGGCACAUCGCGCCGCGGAGAGAAGGUGGACGGAGCCGUCUGGCCGCCGCGGGCCUGUGCUUCCGCACUCCCCAGCUCUGCGCGUCGCCUGUCCCCGAGCCCCUCGCCUCCCAACUGCAAUUCCGCACUCCCGCGAGCGCUGGGGCUGCGGAAUCGUUUGAGGGAGUUGGAACUGCAUCAGAUGAGCACGCCGGGAGACACGAAAAUUGGACACGUGGAGAAUUAACCCGGCUGGAGAAGCGCUGGGUGCAGACUCAGACAAUGGUUUCCAGCAGCGAAGCUAAAGGCAGCACCUUCCCACUUCACCCCCCGUGGCAGCAGCCUCGGCUGCUUGGAGCUGCGCCCCGUCCCCCCCAAUCGGAUGAGCCGGUCUCCAGGUGGCUGGGCCCUGAGAGCAGCUUCCUUUGGCCAUUGUCUUCUCCAGAGGCCCCAUCCUCCACUGCAGCCCCAACCUUGGCCCCCAGCUUCUGUGAGCCACCCCAUCCCCACUCCGCUCCACUGGCAGCAACCACAGCCCCCAGCCCCAGGCAGCUCCACUCACUGAGCGGCCUGUGCACCUCGCCGGGGCACACACACCCCGCACAGAAACUCUCUGCCUCCCCGAGCCGGUUUCUUCUUAUGGCUUCUGUCAGAGCCGCUGGGGCUGUAGCAAGCUUGCAUGCGGCUCCCUAUGCAGCCCUGGGUCUCCCCGCAGCGCCGGCCGCAAGCUGUGAAUCGGCCUUCUCGUCCCUUCCUGCAAAGGUCAAGCCAUCUCCUCUCGCCUGGCCAGGGUUCACUUCUGGCCUGCGGAGCCGGCACACUGCAGCUUGGUUAUGGGGAUGGCGUGGGUAUCCAUGCAGGGGAGAAGUCACCCCCUCCCAAGCCAGAGGGCAGGGACCAAGGGAUGUGAGAUUCACAGUGUUUCAAAGGGAAACACUGCAGACAAACCCCAGAAAGCCAUUGAGCCAGAGACUGAAGAAAGGGAGAGAAACCCAGGCCGUGGCUGUUGGGCCUUGGCUCCUGAAGGAUAGGCCUUUCUCCCCCAGGGGCUGCCCUAGGGGAAGGCCGGGAGAAGGGGCCCCAGUGUGUGCACUGUGUCCCGUGCAGUUCCGAGGGCCCGAGCACCUCCUCGGUUGCGUGCAGGAGUCCGAAGCGAACAAACAAGCUUGGACUUAAAAUUCAGAGGCGCGGGGAGAUCAAGUCAGCUGUGCUCCCCCACCCCGAGAGACCCCAGAGAGGCCUUUCUUUCACCCCAGCUCCAGAGGGGCUACUGAGUUCUGCAAGCAUGCCGGAAGACUACAUCUCAAUGUGGAGAAAAAUGAGAGGAAACACCAUUAAACUUGCUUCCUCUAAAGAGCACUACCCCCAGUUUUCACUGAACUGUACCUAAAAAGUCAGGAGAGAGAACUCGUUAACUUUUGUUUGGUUUAACAUUGCCAGCCUCAAGUCAACCGUGGGCCCCCCGAAGGUUUUGUAAAAUAUUUAAUCUAGCUCAGACAAUUUCCUGCAGUCCCUAACCGGACCACCCCAUUUACUGAAAAGCUGCCAGAAAGCAGGCUUGACUUCAGGCUGGUAACCACAGGCCUCCAGAGGCCUAGCCGGCUGGUACCCUGCCCUCAGGAGUCGUACAAGGCCCAGCACAGAAUCCAGAGAGACCGGGAUCUGGGUCACCCUGGAGUCCAAAGCGGUAAGGAAGCAGCCCAGGAAAUGAAGUUAAAGACGCUGGCUUUCCUCCCUAAGCUGGUGGUGUCUGUGUGACCUGCUGGCCGUCGCCCUCCCUCAAGUCUGUGAAAUGGGCCUGCGGAUGUCUCACCUUUGUUGGGGUGCUGGGCAUUCUGAACAGGAGCACUAUCGGAGGGGAGUGAUCCAAUGUGUGCGCCCCAGCGCCCUCUACUCCCAGCCGUUCCCCGUUUUCCUCCAAAGCAUCUCACUAGGGAACCUAGCCAGCGACAGAGGGAUCCUUCGACUGCGCUGAGCCUCAGCCCCUUCCAAACGUGAGGCUCACGGGGAGAACUCCUGCUCUGCCCAGUUUCCAUUCCCGCUUCCAGAAUAACGAGCCGAAAACAUGUGUACUGUAAAUAAAGCCUGUCUAAAUAAAGCACUCGGGUAAAGGCUGCCGAGAAAACACUCGGCAUCGCUCUGUGCUCAGAGCGUGAGUCAG